AUGUCAGGUGUAGGACUCGUGAACGGCGUGCGGGUGACCCCCGAUGACCCAAGUCGAGUUGUCACCGUUCAAGCUCAAUCGGGAAAGACAGGUAAAGAGAUGAGCAUCUCAUACACCAAUUGCAAAGUGGUAGGAAACGGAAGUUUCGGUGUAGUCUUUGCUGCAAAGAUGCUACCUGUGAAGCAUGAUGAUGGAUUAGAAGAACCUGAAUCUGAAAUCGCCAUCAAGAAGGUCCUACAAGACAAACGAUUCAAGAACCGAGAACUACAAAUCAUGCGACUUGUAUCUCACCCAAAUGUUGUCGACCUGAAAGCUUUCUUCUACUCAAACGGUGAUAAGAAAGAUGAAGUUUACCUCAACCUUGUACUCGAAUUCGUCCCCGAAACCGUAUACAGAGCUUCCAGACAUUACGCUAAGCUCAAACAGGCUAUGCCAAUGUUACAAAUCAAAUUGUACAUGUACCAGUUACUCCGAUCACUAGCCUACAUUCACUCCGUAGGAAUAUGUCAUAGAGAUAUCAAACCUCAAAACCUCUUACUCAACCCUGCGACCGGCAUUUUGAAAUUAUGUGAUUUCGGUUCGGCCAAAAUCCUAAUUGCUGGUGAACCAAAUGUUUCGUACAUCUGUUCGAGAUAUUACCGUGCACCCGAGUUAAUCUUUGGAGCUACUAACUAUACAACAAAUAUCGAUAUCUGGUCAACGGGUUGUGUGAUGGCUGAAUUGAUGUUGGGUCAACCUCUCUUCCCUGGUGAAUCAGGUAUAGAUCAAUUGGUCGAGAUUAUCAAAGUCUUAGGUACACCCACGAGAGAACAGAUCAAGACUAUGAAUCCUAAUUACAUGGAACAUAAAUUCCCUCAAAUCAAACCUCAUCCAUUCACCAAAGUCUUCCGACCUCGAACUCCUCAAGAUGCCAUCGCACUGAUCAGCAACCUACUUGAAUAUACUCCUACAGCGAGGUUGACAGCUCCCGAAGCGCUCGUUCAUCCAUUCUUCGAUGAGUUGAGAGUGGAAGGCUCCAGAUUACCUAAUGGGAAGGAAAUGCCUGCGUUGUUCGAUUUCACUCGGGAGGAACUUUCAACUCGACCAGAUCUCAUUCGACAACUCGUACCUCCACACGCCGAAUCUGCACUUUCAGAGAGAGGGAUUGAUAUUGAAGGAUUCGUUCCAAUCCCAUUGGAACAAUUGCGUAUUUCUCUUGAUGUGAGUUAUAAACAUAUCAAUAUAUUCAUUUACACUUAG